AUGAGAUCUACUUACAAGGUUGUGUUUCUAGGAAGUUCAAAUGUGGGGAAGACAACUCUAAUGUCGCAGUAUCUGCAUCAGGAGGUCCAGAAAUCGUAUGGUCCCACGAUUGGUCUGGAUUUUGUUAGUACAACGAUAGUUGUUGGAGGAUAUAAGGUUCGACUGCAGCUGUGGGACACGGCUGGACAGGAAAGAUUCAACUCCAUCAUUCCAAACUACACGAGAAACUCGUUCCUUGCGAUAAUUGUGUUUGAUGUGAAGGAUGUGUCGUCCUUUGAGAAGAUAGACCAUUGGAUAAAUACUCUCGUGAAGACAAAUGAUGAAUCAGGUACUAAAAUCAAAGUCUUAAUAGUGGGGAACAAAAAAGACAUGGCUGAUGAGGCAACACUUGAGCGAUAUAGAGAGAUUGGUGCUAAAAAAGCAAGGAAGUACGAUGGAGAAUAUGUGUGUACUUCGGCAAUGAGGCGCGAAGGGAUUGAAGAGCUUGUGAACGCGGUUGACAGGCUUAUUGAGGAGGAUUUAAAGAGUCCUGAGGAAGAUGCGGUUUAUUCUGAGUCUGUGAGGUUUCCAAGGUUGAGGAAAGGAUGUUGCUAG